AUGGUGGUAAUUGCGGCCGUAGCUUUGGCUGUUGUCCUCUUUACCAUAAUCAGCCUUUCCGUUCUGUCCAAUGACGACAUCACCAGCCACAACAGAGAUGUCUCUGUUAGCCACAACAUUCGCCACCUCGAGGCCGAAAGGAGCGAUACCAGUGAUGGGCACUUUAUGUGGCGAGAGUUAUUCCACUCCGAACGGAAUUGCAGCGGCGAAAAGAACGCUGACUUUGCCAUCCAAAUGCGACGUCUGGCUGUACCUGUCGAGGGCGUACCAUUGCAUGUCGUUUGGGAGCAUCAGAGCAGUCUCGAGCAAAUCUUCAAAAUACUGUUCAACACUCUCAGCGAAACCUGUGAUGGACCCAAAAAGCGCAUGGUGCACAACGUAUCGUUAGAGGAGGCCUUUCGGGACAACAGCGCAAACUCGUCCAACCUUGUGGAUACUACGUGGGGCUUCUUGAUGACUUGCGCGGGGUGCUCCAUGGACGAGCCGAUCUUACCUCUUGCAAGUGAUGACAAUGAUCGUGGUCGACGAUUGAACAUGAUGCAGGAUUUCCUGGACAUGUUGAUGGAAACUUUGCGAGGAUUCAUGCCAGCGCCAGUGGCCGCAGCAAACAGUACCUUGAUUCCCACGUAUGCUCCUAUGACGCCGGUUAAUGCCUCAUCGCUUGGUAUUCCUACAAAGGCUCCUACGAAUGCUCCGGGCAUCAAAGGUAUUGGUUUUGCAACCUCUGAUCAACCAAGUAAUGGUACUCACUACAAUGGCACACUAUUGCCAUGGGCUAGCGAGGAAACAUUGUUUCAAACCUCUGCUCCAAGUGUCAUGCCUUCAAUGCUUCCCAGUGGCACAAGCCCAACACCCUCUGUUCUUCAAAAUGUGUCUCAUGGCGGAAAACCAUCAGUUCUUGCCACUGGGAAAGUACCAAGGGCAGGUGUUCCAACAGGUGCACUAGAUUCAACUGCGCCAAGCAUUCUUCCCUCAACUAGCAGAACAAGGAUGCCAUCAGUUCAUGCAAUUGGGAAUGCAUCAAGAUCAGUUGGACCCAGUCUUCUAUCAAUACUGGUACCAGGUAUAAUGCCUUCAUCCAAUCUUGCAGGGGGCACUUUUGGGAACAGUGCAUCCAACAACAGCGACCCUGGUGGCACAUGUGUUUCUAAUCGCAAAGACUACCAAGUCAUGGUUGACCUUCAGAUCCGGUUCCAUCACCAUGAGUAUGUGGCCUGCAACGGAACUGAACAAGAAAUGGCCAUCAGCACAGCAAUUGUAGACACUCUCAACAAUGCAUUUCCCAUUACAGUUCCAGACUGGGAUGGUGAUGUAACCUUUGGGUCAUUCAUGUUUGAUCUUGACCAAGAAGUCAAGAAAGUUCAUCCAACUCCUCAUGUGAGGCAGCGUGGCCUUGCUGACACGAAGUCCGUUCCUCAAGAACAGUGGCUGCAAGGGGGUAAUUGCUCUUCAAGAGAAGGGAUAGAAUGCCCUGUAGAUUUGUGUAGGUGGGGCUGUGUGACAGCCUCUGCCACUGACUGUGGAACCUCUGCUGUGACAAAUUGGGUCAAUCUUGCUGGUAAUAUCAAGGAUCAUUUAGUUGCCUUGGAGUUUAACUGCUUGGGCAAAAAACAUAAGUUUGAAGUGGUGGUUGUGGUUGAUGUCCCCACGGUGGCUGACAGGAGCUGGGCAUCAUGGAGACCCUCACACAAAAAGAAAAUGCCACCUCCAAAUUCAAACGAGAAGCCACCACCAUCCAAAAAAGACAAAUCUCCCAUUUCAGUAGCCCAAACUACUUCUCCCACAAUAGCCAUGGAUCCUACUACCAAUAUUCCCUCAAGUGUAACUUCCAAUGUAACAAUUGGUGGUCUUUCAUUGACCCCAGGCACCGCAAGCCCAACUACUAUAAUGGUGGAUGCUCCUAUUGCAGUGGACAACACUGCAAGCCCUGGAACUCCCAGUGCCAGUCCCACUAUCCAUCCCACAUCUGCACCAUUCACAGUUGCCCCUGCAACCCAGUAUGUGACCUCAGUCACUACAAGCCCAACGAUUGGACUGCCCCCGCCAUCUGCUACCCCAUCAAUUCCUCCUGGAUUUCUGAAUGCCAAUCCCCCUAUCGGUGCCUCCACCAGUUUCCACCCUUCUUCAACUCUUGAAUUUCCCAGUGCCACCCCCACUACUGCAUUUGCCAGCCCCCAGAGUAUGGCAUCAUCUGCUCCCAGGGCCAGCCCGACUAUUCAUCCCACCUCUACGCCAUCCACAGUUUCCCCUGGAACCCAAUCUGUGACCUCAGUCGCUACAAGCCCAACGAUUGGAUUGCCCCCACCAACUGCUAGUCCAUCUGUUGCUUCUGGAUUUCUGAAUGCCAAUCCCACUAUAGGUGCCUCCACCACAUUCACACCCUCUUCAACUCUUAAAUUUCCCAGUGCCAUCCCCACUGCUGCAUCUGCCAGCCCCCAAAGCAUGGCAUCAUCUGCGCCCAGUGCCCUUCUUUCAGUUGUUCCCAGUGCAAUGGAUUCAUCAAUGCCCAGUGCUACCUCCUCAGCUGCAAACAAUGUUGGCUUUUCAGCCAACCCAAGCAUUGUGGGAGUCUCCGAGACAUCUGUCCAAACUACCAGUCCAUCCAUCACUGUCAUCGAAGUAUCAGGGGGGGCUUCCAGUGCUCUUGUGGCAACUGCUGCUGCAGAUACUGAGUCACCUACUGUGCCUGAGAUUGAACUUGCCAGAACAGAAGGCCCUUCCCAUGACCAUACCCCCUUUGAUGGUAUAGAGACUGAGUUUCCCACUGAGUCUAAUCAAAUUGGCUAUGAUGAAAGAGGAACCCAUGGUCCUUCAAAUGACUAUGCUAUGCUUGGUGCUACCUCCACUGAUUCUCCCAGUUUUGGUGCAUUUAGAGUAAAUGCAACUGGGUCUAUUGUGAGGGUUAUUGCCAAUGCAACUGGAUCUUCUGACAGGGAAACCGAAGGGCCUUCUAUCAACUCCGCUGCACCUACAGACUCUGAUGCAGAAACUGUGCUUCCCAAUGAUCAAGCAACAGGGGUCCCUUCCAGCUUCACUGACCUUCCCAGUUAUCAAGCAACCGGGGUUCCUUCCAGCAGCUUCACUGACAUCCUGUCAACAGAAUCACCAUCAGGUGGUGCUGUAAUGUUGGAUGGCAACAUAACUGGAUCUACAAAUGGCACAAGAAGCCACAAAAAACUCCCAAUGAAGCCUUCUAGCAGCCCUACCACUAUUGGGACGACUUCCUCAUCAGCAAUCCAAACAUUGACUCUGACAAGAAAACCAUCAGAAUCUCCAACAAUACCAUCACUUCAUACCACACUUCUACCGACGACUGGGCCAACAACUGUGCUCACAACUUGGCCAACAGCUAUUCCCACGUCUGGUCCAACAACAACACCCACAUCUCAACCAUCCAGGCAACCCACAUUUGAACCUACCGAAGCUACACUGGGGCCAACAAUUGCACCAACAGUUUCACCUACAAUUGGGCCAACAGCAGCUCCAACACCACGACCAUCACUUCUACCGAGUGUGGUUCCUACCAAAGCUACACUUGGGCCAACAAUAGCACCUUCAAUUCCACCUACAAUUGGGCCAACAGCAGCACCAACAUCAGAACCGUCCCUGUUACCUACAGGUAGUGUGGUUCCUACCAAAGCUACGCUUGGUCCAACAACUGGGCCAACAGUUUCACCUACAACUGGGCCAACAGAAGCACCGACUUCAGUUCCAUCAAGCCUGCCCACUGAUACACCAACCAAAGCAACACCAGUGCCAACACUAUUGCCAACUGCAUCUCCAAGUCAUGCACCAUCAAUAACUACAAGCCCGUCUUGCCCUCCAAGCAGUAUGCCAUCAACUACUCCAGAGCCCCGUGCCGUGAAAACGACUCUGGUUCCAACGGAGAACAAGACAGCCGUUCCAACAGUCUCGACAUUGGUUCCAACCAAUGAGGAUUCAUCGCGUUCUACAGUAGGAGCCUCGGCAGAGCCCUCUAUCGUGGAUUUUGUUGGAACCAUGCAGUCGACAAGUGGAUCUGAGAGUCCAAGUCCUACGCUUGCCGUCGCACUAUUACAAGAACAGGAUUCAAACAGUCCAACAGGUGUGUUAACCGAAGCUCCGUCGUUGGGAUUACCAUCCAUGGCUACGACCUUUGGUUCAACACUUGUGCCAAGCGAGUCGAUGAGUCAAGGAACUGAAACUCUAUCGAACGCCCCAAGAAUAGAAGGAAGUGAAAUGCCAACAUCCGGUGAAGCAGUCGCCCCAAGCCUUGUAUCAAGCCGGCCGACCACCGAAGCAGCUACGGGUUCACCUUCAAUCAUGGUGACGACCAUCCCUGGAGAAGCCAGUAUGUUCCCAACGGGGGGCUCAACAACAUCACUGGAAGAGUCGCACACUCCAACCUCAAACGGAGAAUCCGAAAUUCCAGCCACAACGCUUCCAACAGUCACCAUGUUUCCGACAUCGACCCAAACGACGUCAGAAAGGCACACCUUGGAGCCGUCGACGAGUUCAAGCAUCGAGGAAUCAAAUAUUGCUACCGCGGGUUCCACCAUUGAGGAAUCGGACUUUAACGAAGUGUUGUCUAUUCUCCCAUCAAGCACUGCCAUCCCCAGUAAUGGUGAAACUCAGAGUACGAUGGACGCUUCGAUUGCAGAUCCCACCAUGUCGCUGUCGCCAAGUGUCGCCGUGAGCGCUUUGAUCAGUGGUCCACCCUCGUCUGUGUCUCCAUCAACGCGUACUCCGGCCCUAGCAGUUUCAACACCAGCCGUCCCAAAGGUAACAGAGAAACCCGCUGGGAUAGCCACCAUUCGCCCUAGACAGGGCAUUGAUGCAUUCAAACCACCGACUGCGUCUCCAACAACCUCACAGCCCUCAGGUCCACCAACUCCCCACCCUUCGAAGACUCCAACACCGGCCCCAACUGGCCAGCCGUCUAGCUUGCCCAGUAUGUCUCAGUUUCCAAGUGAGCAACCGUCCAUCCAUCCAUCAUUGUUCCCUUCCCGGGAGCCAUCCACCAGACCGACAGCUUCUCCAACCGAACAGCCAUCAAUUCCGCCGUCUCUUUCUCCUUCAGUCGUUCCGACACUGUCCCCCACUGCCCAUCCAACAUCAGCGCCAACCAUGUCACCAACAGAUGCACCAUCCAUCGAUCCCUCUGCCUUGCCAACAAAUUCUCCCACUGCAGUUUCAAACAAUACCAUCACAAACACAACCGAGGUGGCACCAGACAAAACCACCUCCAACACCAUCGUCACUAACACAACUGAAAAAGGAAAGAACAGCACCAGCACCAAAGGAGCUCCCUCUUAG